AUGGGAACAAGGCUGAGGAGAAAAGUGGGAAACGCACAAAUUUGGUUUCAAGUGUUCACACAAGACGCAAGGACGAGUACUCUGCGGUUAAACCGGGGCCCUAAACCGGUCACACACUUAUAUUUACAACAUGGAAAUUGAGGAGCUCCGCUCAAACAUCCACAGUGAAUUCCAGCCCAUGGGUGCAGGUGACAUGGAGGCUGUGGAGGCUCUGAUGUCCAUGACUAAGCACUGGAAAACCAGGAGCUUCAGGCUCGGACAUUUCAGACCCCUGACUCCAUCCUCAGACUGCUCAGAGGACGACUCUGGCCCCCCGGGGUCUGCUGUGCCUCAGGAUUCUCCUUUGUGUAUGACACCACCAUACAGCCCACCCCACUGUGAGGCCGCCCAUCCACCCUCAGCAGCAACCUUGCAUCAACCUGCAGUAUCUGGAAGUUCAACCUGGCAGCCAACAGAAGAGACUCAACUGCACACACACACUGCAGCUUCUCAGCAGAGGUUCCAGUGCACCAGUGUAAUCCGCCACACCGCAGAUGGCCAGCACUGCUGCUGCAGCGUCCACCCUGACUCGAAGGAAGACAGACUCACUCACGUUCAUACAAGAGACUGUAAAAGAGAUUUGAACUCUGAAGAUGAGCUGAAUACGAGAGACUCUGAGAAGAUGAUUAUAAUGCAGUCUGACUUCAGGGCUGCCACGCCACAGAAACAUUUAAGUGCGACUUUACCAAAUGUGGCGAAGGACGGCCAGACCCAGAUUAGUCUGUCAGGCCCAGAUGAUAAACCAGACACCCCUCAGUCUGUCUCCUCUGUCCCAGCUGUUGUUAAUGGAGUCUCUCCAGUGCCUGUCCACCACCAGAUUCUUCCUGUCUCUUCUCUUUCCACCACUGCUGUACAAAAGCCAGUGACAUCCUCUGAGAGUCAGAGGCAACACCAGCUACCUGCCACAUCAGCAAUUACAACUGUGCACACACCACAACAACAGCAGCACAAACAACAGCAUCCACUACUACAACCACAAACCCAAGCAGGUUCUUCUACCCAGGUUAUUCUCCUUGGGGGUGAGGUUGCAAAAGGUCCCAUAAUGCUCCUUGUCCCUCAGCCAGCUGUUCCUACUCUGUACAUUCAACCAGCGCUGGUGAGAUCUGGUGGCACCAAGUUACCAGCCAUCGCCCCGGCACCUGGUCGUACCUCACCACAGCAAAGACAGAGCCCGCUGCAGCCGGAGUUGUCCCGUGUGCGCAGUCAUGUGUGUCCCCGUGAGGACUGCAGCAAGACAUACUUCAAGAGCUCCCACCUCAAGGCCCACAUGAGGACGCACACAGGUGAGAAGCCCUUCAAAUGCAAGUGGGAGGGCUGCGAGAGGCGAUUCGCUCGCUCCGAUGAGCUGUCCCGCCACCGCCGAACCCACACAGGAGAGAAAAAGUUUGUUUGUACCAUGUGCCUCAGCCGCUUCAUGCGCAGCGACCACCUGGCCAAGCACGCCCGGAGACACCUAGCGGCGAGUAAGAUGCCUUGCUGGACCUUAGGGGUCACCAAGACUGUUGACCUCACUGCUCCCGCAGCAUUCAGACUCUCUUCAUCGAACUCUCUCUGAGGGAUCCAGAUGGAUCCAGGGUAGAAACUGUCCAGCUGUGAAACUGAACCUUUGUGACUGGGCCUCACAGCGCACAGGAUUGUGUUCUUCAUUUGUACGUGUCAGCUGAGCAGUUGCACAACACUGCUAAUCCUAAAAGUCAAUGACAUUACAUGUAAGCUCUUUGCUGCUUUGCUAAAUAAUUAUAGUUGAACAUGAACGAGGUAAUGAGAUUGUUUACAUGACUUCCAACUACUGUAAUGCCUUAAACCAGGUAAUUAUCAUAACACUUUUACAGAUGAUGCUAAAUGUAUGUUUACUUUUCAGUGAUAUUAGACCAAAGAAUGUUGAAUAUAUUUUUUGUGCCAUAUGAGAAUCUAUUUGUUAUACAACAAUUUUGCACACAAUGCUGUUUCCUUGGUGGGAAAGUAGAAUUCUUUAAUAAACCUGAACCUUUUUCUUCA